CCCCCUGAUUUAGGUAUCAUUUCGUGAGGUUGCCUCCGAAGUGGUAGCUGCUAGGUUUAGACCUGGUGCCUUAGAAUAGGACGAUCAAUCUCAUUUGAAAGUUUUUUGGAUUUAGCUGCCCACCCAGAGCCUGGCAUUCGGUUGCUUUUCUCUUCUACAUCAUAAAGCCGGCACCCUCAAAACACCUAGCCAUGCAGGUCUCCAUGUGGCAACCUAAACAUCCCGGGGUGGGCAUGAAACCCGAAGCUUCAGGACAACAUCGAAAGCAGAAACACCUGGACCAAAAUGGGACAGAGACCGAGUCUGAAGCUUUGGGACAAGGUCCAUCAAGGAACUGCCAAGAUGGAGCACAAAUGGUGUUUCAGAAGCCUGGAAAGGCUCAGAAGAAGACCCGUCAGGAGCAUCAAGACCAAAAACUUAAAAAAGAACAGCCUGGCAAGGGUCAGGGACAGAAAAUCCAGGAUGAGGGUUCAGGAAAUAUCAAACCCCUAGAGGGUCUGCCAGAUCAGGCUGUAGUUGAGAAGUCGGCUGAGGGUGGCAAGUGUCGCAAGCGGCCCUAUUCUGUCCUACAGGAAAAACCUCAAAGCCCCCAAAACGAAAAGCAUGCUAGGUCACUCGAACAUCUUCAAGGUGGCCAUCCUGUGAGGUCUGACCCACACAGGCCUCACCCAACCUUUUCUGACACCUCCAACAACAAAGGUGGAAUGCCAGGGCAUCCUCAUGGAUCAGAAACAGCUCAGGGAGAUGGACAGUCAUCGACAGAGGUUCUCUCUACCAAGAGAGAGAAGAGGUGUGCAGAGGAGAAAUGUGUACGGGGGAACAGCUUGGAGCAUGGCUUGCGGGGAACAGAGAAUGCAAACAUCCUGGACAGUGGCGGCGGUAGGUUACUCCCCGACAAGGUGGCAGUAGUUGCAGGAGAGAAAAAUGCUCUCCCAGAGCAAGAAAAUAACCAAGAAAAAGAAUUUACAAAAGAAAUGGAAAAGGAAGUUGAGAAAGCAUUGGGUCCAGGAGCCCAGGAAGAAAUCCUCAGUAUGGGAUUCAAGCUCAAAAUCACCCGAGGAGAUAUGCAGACCCUCAAGAACGGUCAGUGGCUCAAUGAUGAGGUCAUCAAUUUCUACAUGAAUCUUCUGGUUCAGAGAAAUGAAAACCCAGGCUACCCUGCUCUUCAUGCUUUUAGCACUUUCUUUUACGCCAAGCUAAAGCAUAGCGGUUACAAUUCUGUGAAAAGAUGGACCCGAGGAAUCAAUCUCUUUGAAAAAGAACUUAUCUUGGUGCCUAUUCACCAGAGGGUCCAUUGGAGCCUGGUGGUAAUCGAUUUAAGAAAGCGAAGCAUUGUCUACCUCGAUUCAAUGGGUCAGACAGGGAAAAAUAUUUGUGAGACCAUCUUCCACUAUUUACAAAAUGAGAGCAAGACCCGAAGGAACAUGGAGCUGGACCCUGUGGAGUGGAAGCAGUACAGCUUAACUUCACAGGAGAUCCCUCAACAACUGAAUGGGAGCGACUGUGGGAUGUUCACCUGCAAAUAUGCAGAUUACAUCUCUAGAGACCAACCUGUGACCUUUUCUCAGCAACACAUGCCCCUCUUCAGGAAGAGGAUGGUGUGGGAAAUCCUGCACAGUCACUUACUGUAACAGCAUCCACCUGGUCGCUAUGGCUCCCGCCCUGUCCUUUUCCAUCCAUGUUUCUAAUAUACCUCAAGUGGGAUGAGGUGAAGAGACUUUAAACAGGUAGCUUUCUGACCAGAUGGAGACCACUCUCUUCAAUAUUGUCCUAACUUGGGGUGUGGGUCUGCCGCCCUAAUGCCAUCUCUAGAACGUAUAUAACUACCGCCAGCUUAGAAACUGCCACUGUCCAACUCACGCAAGACUACGGGCUCAAGAAAUACUAUUUUAAUGCUGAAUUUAGUCCAUGAAUUGGUGUUUUGGGGGGUUUUGUUUGUUUCUUUGUGUAUUUUGUUUUUCCUUGUUUUUUGUUUUGUUUUCGUUUGUGUUUUUGUUUUGUUUUUGUGUGUUUUUGGGUUUGGUUUGUUUUUUGUUUUGUUUUUUCUGUUUUUGGUUUUAUUUUUUCUUUGUUUUUGUGGGUUUUUUGUUUUGUGUUCUGUUAUUGUUUUUGAUUGUUUUUUGGCUUUUUUGUGUUUGUGUGUUAUUGGUUUUGUUUUUUGUUGCUUUGUUUUUGUUUGUGUUUUUGUUCAGUUUUUGUGUGCCUUGUUUUUUCUUUCUUGUUGGUUAGUUUUUGUGUGUUUUUGUUCUUUUUUGUUUUUUGUGUAUUUUUGUUUUUUUGUUUGUUUUGUUUUGUUUUUGGGUUUGGGUUUUUGGUUUUUUUAUCUUUUUAUUUUGUUUUUGUUUGUAUUUGUGUUUUUGGUUUUCCUUUUAGUUGUUUAGUUUUCCUGAGUUUUUUUUGGUUGAUUUGUUUUUCUUUUGUUUUUGGAAGUUUGCUUUUUUGUUUGUGUUUGUGUUUGUGUUUCCGUUUUUUUUUUCCGUGUUUUGUAUUUUAGUUUUGUGUUUUGUUGCUAUUCUGUAUUUUUUGUUUGUUUUUUGCUUUGUUUUUUGUUUUUGUUUCUGCAUUUUUUUGGUUUUGAUUUUUGUUGUUUUGUUCUUGGUUGUGUUCUUGAUUUUAUUUUUUGUUUUGCUUUCUGUGUAUUUUAUGUUGUUUUUUGUUUUUGUGUUUGUUAAUUUUCUGUGGUUUGUUUUUUGUUUAUUGUUGGUUAGUUUUUGUGUGUUUUUCUUUUUGUCUGUUUUUGUGUAUUGUUUUGAUUUUGUGGUUGUGCUUUUGGUUUUCUUCUUUAUUAUUUUUUGUUUUUGUUUUUGUUUGUAUUUCUGUUUUUGUUUUUGUUGUUUUUUGUUUUGGUUGUGUGUGGUUUUGAUUUGUUCUUUUUUUCUGUAUUUUUGUUUGUGUUUUGGGUUUUAUAUUUUGUUUUUCUGUAUUUUUUGUUUUUGGCUUUGUUUUUGUUUUGAGUUUGCUUGGAUUUUGCAUUAUAUUUUUUUGUUUCUUGUUUUUUUCUUUUUCGUUUUCUUGGGUUUUUUUUUCAUUUUAUUGUUUUUUUUCUUUCAUUUUGUUGGUUUUUUCCCCUUUUGACUGCUUUUUUCCCCAUUUUUUUCUUCCUUACCGAACCCCAUUGAUUAUAUUCCUUUACUCCCGUGCAAACCUUAGCCAUUAUCAUUCCUCUAUUCCUUGUUUGGACUAUUUCUGAAAGGAAUGCUCACAUCGUGUCAUCCCCUGCUGAAGAUCAAGAGGGACAUCAGCAGGAAGAAGCUGGAGCUGUUCACUAGCAUCUCUAAUGCUGUAGUAAUGCUGUUAAAUUGAAGCUGGGGUAGUGGUGGUGCUUUUUUAACAUUUUGGGCUUUUUAAGCUUGAAAAUAGUAUAAGAAAUGAAAAUGGGUUGCCAGGACCUGUGAUGUCCUGAACCACCAUACUCUACUGACUGACUCGUACAGGGUGUAGAAUUGUGGCCCAACUACUGCCUGCUCAUCCAGGACUAUGAAGAAAAGCAUAAUGGUCCUUAAAGGACUCAUUCUUUCCCAGACCUACAUUAGUUUUGGAAGUUGAUUUGAAGAAAACAUUAUGGCAAAUGUCCAUUUUUUAUCUCAGAUCUCAUUUAAUACAAAACCCAUCUAGGGUUGAAUUGAGCUGUUCAUUUGAAAAGUUCUAUUUAAUUUAAAAAAUUGUUAAAAAAUUUUGGCAUAUAUUAAUGUGAAAUUAAAUUUUUUUUAUUAUAUUAACAUUCCCACUGUGGAAGUUGGGGAUUUAGUAUUUAGGCUUGAUACUACCAGUUAUACAAUAACCUAUUUUACAUGUGGUAGUUUGUAUUUAACUUUUCUAUUAUCUUAUGGUUGUGUUUAUGCAAUUUUUAUUAAAUAAAUUUUAAAGUUAUUUAAACAUUUCACAAAA